AUGGAUUAGCAAGAAUUAAUUUGCUUCACAUGUCAUAAAGUAUUUAAAUUAAAGCGAGCUUUAUAAGAACAUUAAUUAAUCCAUUCUGGGGAAAAGCCCUAUAAAUGGUUAGUUUAUAUAGAUAAUUUACUAGUGUAACUUGUAAUUAAUAGUUUCGAUAAUAUUCUUCAUUAUAAAAGCAUGACCGUAUUCAUACAGGAGAAAAACCAUAUUCUUGUUAAGAGUGUGAUUAAUCAUUUUCUUAAAUAUCAAAUCUGAAAAGACAUUAAUUUAAACAUAAAGAACAGAAACCAUAUACUUGUGAAGUUUGUUAAAAACAAUUCAUUACUAAUUAAAAUUAUUAAUAACAUUAAAACAAACAUAAAUAAUAAAGAUAAAGUUAUGUUUGUGAAUGUAAUCGAACUUUUCUAUAUAAAUGUAGUUUAAAAAAACAUUAAAAAAUUCAUUAGAAAUUUGAUAAUACAGAUUAAUUCAUAAAUCUUUAAUAAAUAAAUUAAAUUUCAGCAGAUCUUAGAAUAUUUUUUACUGCCUCUCAUCCUUAAAUUCUUCAUUUUAAUCAUAUUGAUAUAUUAUUUAAUGGAAGAUUAUAUAAUUAUAAUGAAUGUAAUUAUUUAUUUACUAAUAUUAAGAAACUGGUAGGAUUGAAUUACAUGAUUUGAUUGAUUAAUAAUAAUAAAAUUGUGAUCCAAUAAAAGAUCAUUAACAUUUUGAUUCAUAAACCUAAUAUGAAUUAAUUAAAUGCAUAGAUUGUAAAUAAGAAAGAUGUUGUUGCAAAUAAAAAUAACUUUUUAAUAAUUGUUGUUUAGCUUGUAAUGGUGGAAAUUGUGGUGAAACUCCAUUUGCAAUAUCCUAAAUAAUACAUUUUCAUGGUCCAAAUUGUGGUCAUCCAAUUGUUAUUCAUAAUGAACAUAUCGAUUAUUUAGUUAAUGAAAUGCUUCAUUAUCCUCAUGAUGGUCAUUGUGACAAUCAUGGAAUUUUGAAUAGAAUUAGAGUGAAAUGA